AUGGUGCGAAAAAAUCUGCAAGUUAAAGAAAAUUGUUGGGCGAAGGGGCCCGUAGUCAUCGAUGACAACAAACCCUGCAGGAUAAAGAACGCACCUGCAGAUGAGAACGAAGUCGCCGGCGUUACGGGGUUAGACCUAGGGACCCUGGUGCCACGGAUUCUAGCCGUUAAGGUAUUUGAGUCCGAGAUAGCCUAUCGCGAAGAGGUAGCUGAAUCUAUUGUCGAACUCUUGCUGCAGGUUCAGAAUAGGGACGCUGGCACGUCUGAACUUCGCAGAAGACUAGAGGUGGGUGACGCUAGCGUAGGUGAUCGUUCGACCUGGGCAGUAGACAAAGAUGGCCUGCUCAGGAAAGAUGGUAAAGUCUACGUACCGCAAGACAAGGCCGUAAGGCAUGAAAUAAUGAAAAUGAACCACGAUGAUCCCCAAGGUGGCCAUUUUGGACGUGACAAAACCAUCGAAGCGAUCAAACGCAAGUACUCGUGGCAUGGUAUGAGCGAUGAGAUUGCAGAAUAUGUGAGGACCUGCGAUGUUUGCCAACGCGUCAAGAUACACGCGGCAUAA